ACGGCAGCCGGCUUCUAACGGCGGCGCGUCCGUAGCAGCAAGUCAAGCCGAGGCUGAAGGCUGGUUAUCUUCCCACUCUCGGACACACUUUUAGACGAAAGCCCCUGCCGCAAAGUUUGAAUGAGGCCGUUCCUUUACAUGAAUGGACACCCUUGAGAGCUGGUGCUGCGGGUUACAUAUCAGCCAUUGACACAGCCAUGAUUAGGACAGGAACAAUACAAAGAGAUGGUGGGCUUAAAAGACUGCAAUUUUUGCCACUAAUGUUAAGGCCAGCCUUACAAGUUAAGGAAUAAGAAGGGUAUGCAUGAAGAAUUUUUCCUGUUUAUUUGAACAGUAACACACAAUUGGAUUGUACAGUUUCUGAGUCAAGCAAGAGACACUUUGCUGCCGAGGAACUUUCCCUCCGAAAGCAAAAAGAGGAGGGAAAAUUGAACUGCGUUGGAUGUUCCAAAACAAGUACCUCCAGUUCAGUGAAUAUUGUCAUUGUCUUGUCAUAUCAAGUUAGCAGUUUUUCACUGUACUGUAAACAAUUUCUAAAAGUAAUACCCACAAACUUAACCAAAAAAAGAGAGAAAAGAUUCUCCGGUCCUUAUGCUCUGUAAAGGCAACAUAGUGAAAGUUGUAGAUUUGAUGUGCUCAUGUAUUAUGAGGACAGUAAGGAACAGAUUUCAGAAGUGUGAAUAUUGUGUGAUAUAUUAUUCUCUCAGAAAGAAUGUCAAGUCGUCGUCUCACUCCGCCAUGUGAUAGGCGGCAGCUUCCAUGGAGCAUGACUGGCAUGGGCUCACCCACUGGUGAACUGCGGCCAAUGCGAUUACCAUUUCUUGAAGCUGAUCCGCGGCUUCAAUCGAUGUGCGGGGGCUCCAUGCAGCAGCCUGUUCGACUGAGCGGUCCUCGGGCCAGACUGCUGCUACCGCCGCCGCCGCCGCCACAACCGCUGCCCGCCCUGCCUCCGCCGCCGCCCGCUCCGCUUCACCUGCCCGCCCAGUCGCCCCUUGACGCCGUGGGGGGCCCGGCAGCCGUUCUGAGCGGAGAUCGAUCGCGGACGAAGGACGGGCUCAUACCUGGAAGGCAACCCCUGUUCACAAUGUAUAGACCAAAAGUAAGCCUUAAAGACCGGCAACAACUUUACAGGCUUAUUAUUAGUCAGCUGUUAUAUGAUGGAUAUAUCAAUAUUGCUAAUGGUCUGAUAAAUGAAGUAAAGCCACAGUCUGUCUGUGCACCCUCUGAACAACUGUUGCAUCUUAUUAAACUAGGAAUGGAAAAUGACGAUAGUGCAGUGCAGUAUGCAAUUGGACGCUCUGAUACAGUAGCUCCUGGAACAGGAAUUGACUUGGAGUUUGAUGCAGAUGUACAGACUAUGUCCCCAGAAGCAUCUGAAUAUGAGACAUGUUAUGUCACAUCUCACAAAGGACCAUGUCGUGUAGCGACAUACAGCAGAGAUGGACAGUUAAUUGCUACAGGAUCAGCUGAUGCAUCAAUAAAAAUACUUGAUACUGAAAGAAUGUUAGCAAAAAGUGCUAUGCCCAUUGAGGUUAUGAUGAAUGAAACAGCUCAGCAGAACAUGGAGAACCACCCAGUUAUUAGAACCCUUUACGAUCAUGUAGAUGAGGUCACCUGUUUAGCUUUUCAUCCAAAUGAACAAAUCCUUGCAUCUGGAUCCAGAGACUACACUCUGAAAUUGUUUGACUACUCGAAACCAUCUGCCAAAAGAGCUUUCAAAUAUAUUCAGGAAGCAGAAAUGCUGCGCUCUAUAUCUUUCCAUCCUUCUGGGGAUUUCAUACUUGUUGGGACACAGCAUCCUACCCUGCGGCUCUAUGAUGUGAAUACUUUCCAGUGCUUUGUAUCUUGCAAUCCUCAAGAUCAACAUACAGAUGCUAUAUGCUCAGUUAAUUACAAUGCAAGUGCUAACAUGUAUGUAACAGGCAGCAAAGAUGGAUGCAUCAAAUUGUGGGAUGGAGUUUCAAAUCGUUGUAUCACCACUUUUGAGAAGGCACAUGAUGGUGCUGAAGUCUGUUCCGCCAUUUUCUCUAAGAACUCCAAGUACAUACUUUCAAGUGGAAAGGAUUCUGUGGCUAAACUAUGGGAGAUAUCAACAGGAAGGACACUAGUCAAAUAUACAGGAGCUGGCCUGAGUGGACGCCAGGUUCAUAGGACACAGGCUGUUUUUAAUCAUACCGAAGACUAUGUGCUCCUUCCAGAUGAAAGGACCAUUAGCCUUUGCUGCUGGGAUUCCCGAACGGCGGAGCGAAGAAACCUCCUUUCCUUGGGGCAUAAUAGCAUUGUUCGCUGCAUUGUCCAUUCGCCUACAAAUCCUGGCUUCAUGACCUGCAGUGAUGACUACAGAGCUCGAUUCUGGUACCGAAGAUCAACCACAGAUUAAAAUAGCAGUUCUGAAAUGCUUGCUCAAAUUUUAUCCCAUUUUCUUUUACAGAUAAGUCUGUUUUUAUUAUGAUUUAUUUCAGAAGUUUGAAAAUGAAUCAUCUGUAAGAAAGAAACAAGCCCUACCUGAAGGGUAUUUUUAAAGUUGUGGUCUUAUAUAUUUUUUUAAAAAAAGAACCCAUAAGCUUAAUUUUUUCCUUAAAUGUACAAGUCUGCCCAUUUUUACUACUUAAAGUUGGUCUUUUGUUUUUGUGUUUUUAACAAAUUUAAUAAUCUUUAUUUCUUUGUAUAUACAUUUAAUUGCCUAGUCCUGGUUUGUAAUUUUAUACUAUGCUUUAAUGUUUUGUUAUUCUUUAGAUGAUUUACAUCUGCUAGCCUACAGUUCUCUUAUUAAAACUAAUUCUUACAGCAGUGUGCCUUUG